GGCUGCCGCGGCUGCUGCUCCUGCAUUGGUGUCUCCCCUAUGGACGAAAACAGCCCUCUGUCUCCCAAGGCAAAUGCUUUCAGUAUCGCCUCUCUGAUUUCAGUCGCCGCCGCCGCCGAGCAAGCAGGGAAGGGAGCGCUGGAGGAGCGCCGAGGCGGCCGCAGCACGCCCGCCCGCCCCGCCUGCUGCCCGCAGAAGAUGCACUUCAGCACCGUCACCAGGGACAUGGAAGCUAUCUCCAGCCCCUGGCUCACCCAGCUGUCCCAUUUUUGCGAUGUUGCAGCUUUCACGGCCAACAGCCUGAGCAGCCUGAACGCCUCCGGGGGGUACCACCUCUCCCCCUCCCCGGGGGACCCGUACGGACAGCAUGAGCCGCCGCACUACGAGCCCUGCACGGCUCAGCAGCACCCGCACCCGCCGCCCCAGCCCCAGCACGGCUACCCCUUCGGCGGGGCGGCGGCGGCCGGGGCCAACCCGCCGCCCCCGGGCCCCGAGCCGCCCGAGGGCGCCGGGGGAGCCGCGGCGGGGCCGGCCGCCGUCUCGGGCUGCUCGGCGGGGGCUGCCGCCGCGGCCAAGGCGCCGGUGAAGAAGAACCCGAAGGUGGCCAACGUGAGCGUCCAGCUGGAGAUGAAGGCGCUGUGGGACGAGUUCAACCAGCUGGGCACAGAGAUGAUCGUCACCAAGGCCGGCAGGCGCAUGUUCCCCACCUUCCAGGUGAAGAUAUUCGGGAUGGACCCCAUGGCUGACUACAUGCUCCUCAUGGACUUCGUCCCCGUGGACGACAAGCGAUACCGGUACGCCUUCCACAGCUCCUCCUGGCUGGUGGCCGGCAAAGCCGACCCCGCCACCCCCGGGAGGGUGCACUACCACCCGGACUCCCCAGCCAAAGGCGCGCAGUGGAUGAAGCAGAUCGUUUCCUUCGAUAAACUCAAACUGACCAACAAUUUGCUGGACGACAACGGGCAUAUCAUUUUGAACUCCAUGCACAGAUACCAGCCGCGUUUUCACGUGGUCUACGUGGACCCCCGGAAAGACAGCGAGAAAUACGCGGAGGAGAACUUCAAAACCUUCGUCUUCGAGGAGACGCGCUUCACGGCCGUGACCGCCUACCAGAACCACCGGAUCACGCAGCUGAAGAUCGCCAGCAACCCUUUCGCCAAGGGAUUCAGAGACUGCGACCCUGAGGACUGGCCCAGGAAUCACAGGCCAGGGGCCCUUCCUCUCAUGAGCGCUUUUGCCAGAUCCCGGAAUCCAGUCUCUUCCCCAGCCCACCAGAACGGGACUGAGAAAGAUGCUGCCGAGAGCCGGCGGGAGUACGAGCGGGAGGCGGCGGGCGGCACGCCGCUGCAGGCCGAGGCCGCGCACCAGCAGCUCAUGUCCCGCGUCCUGAGCCCCGCGCUGCCGGGCGGCGGCGGCGGCGGCGGCGGCGGGCUGGUGCCCCUGGGCGGCGGGCGGCCCAGCCCGCCCCACCACGAACUGCGCCUGGAGCCCGCCGCCUCGGAGCCCCUCCACCACCACCCCUACAAGUACCCGCCGCCGCCCGCCGCCUACGACCACUACCUGGGGGCGAAGAGCCGGCCCGCCCCCUACCCGCUGCCCGCCAUCCGCGGGCACGGCUAUCACCACCACCACCACCAUCACCACCACCACCACAUGAACGCGGCGGCGGCCGCCAACAUGUACUCAUCAGCCGGCGGCCCCGCCAGCUACGACUACGGGCCGCGGUAACGGGGCGGCGCUGCCCGGCCGCCACCGACGGCGCGAGGGACCUGCGCGGCCGCCGCCCUCGCCGCGCUCCCCCCCUUCCCGCCUUUCCCUCUCUUCCCGCCUUACGAGCGAGCUGAUAGGCUGGCUUGACCCGAUCGACAACGGGAGACCCCAAUCGCAGGAAGCGGCGGGCCCCCCGGCCCGCUCCCCACCCGUCGGCGGGCCGUGAGGGCGGCGGGCCGGGGGCACCGGGGCCGGCCGGGCGCUCCCCGCCGCCCCAUGACCCGCAGCUGCACUUUGAUAAAUGAAGCCAUAUGUCGUUAUCUCCCCUCUCCCCAUCCCCUCGCCUCCCUGCUUGCGGAUACCCCGCCAGUGUGCGCCGAGGGCCGUCGGAAAGCUGUGAGGUGACUCGCCCCUCCCACCCCCACCCCGCCCGCCAGGCCCCCCGAUGGGAGAUUCGGUGCGGCCACCGAUCGUGGCGGUGCCGCGGGUGUUCCCCGGCCCAGCGGGAGGUGUAACGUUAGCACUGAGUGGGGAGGGAGGCUGGCCCCGGGCCCCGGCAGCGGUAGGCCCCGGCAGCGGCGGGACCCGGGCGUGGGGCACAGUUCUGCACAUGGCGAUGUAAGCCACGCUCUUGGCCUCAUCCGCAGUUGGCUCAGGUGGUUUUUCGAGGAGACUGUCAAAGGAAGCAGAGUUUAGUUUAAGGGAACACUUUGAAUCUUCACUGUCUGAACUAAUUGGCUGCUUCUCCCCCGGCCCUGACCUGCUCCUGAGUUUUGGGGCUCAUUGGGGCAACUUGACCACAACAGCAUUUUCCGGAGCUGUUGAGGAGAGCCAUGGCCAAGAGCACAGCCGUGUGCGGCUUCUCGUUUUCACAACAAUGGAUGCUAAGGUUUGAAAACCAGCCUGGGGUGGGGGGGAUACCUGCAGACUGCGGGCUGCGUAUUCUCAGCAAUAGUUUGCAGACUGGUCUCUUCCCAGGCAGCCUCCCAGUGCUGCCCUCCUACACCCUUUCCUGAGCGCUCAACGCUCUCCCGUUGAGAGGUGCCUUUUAGAGGAACUUCAGGGUUUUUUUCCCCAGAAUGCCUUACCCCUUGCAUUUGACUGACCCAAACUGCAGUAGUCCCAAAGCACCUAUUCUGCACCUACCUGCUUGCUGCAUCUUCCCUCUUAGAGCUGGUAAGUACUUUUCUCUUUUUUCCUUUAAUACCUUCCUUCAGUAGGCUUUCUUUAUUGUUGAAAAGAUGGGCCUGUUCAUCACAGUUUCCCCAGCACUGUGUUUUGAAUAGUUGGCUUGUGUUUUUUGUCAGAUGCUCACCGAACGGCAGUCCCUUUGUGUUCAGAGAAGGUAUUGAACAGCUCCUGAGCUGUGUCGGUAUACAGUAUUAUGAACACUUUUCUGAUUCUUCCACGUGACUUUAUGAAAAGAAGGGGGUUAUAUUCUUUUUAAGUCCUCUAUUCAUCCAUGUUUGUGCAUUUUCACUACAAACCUUUUAAAACAUAAUCCUUCCCUUGUGCAGGUGGCAGUGUUAAUAGCAAUGUUUAUUCCGUCUCUGGCAGUGGGCUUUGGGCUUCCAAACCACUUUGGAAGGGUUUAAGAAGGGAUGCAGGCUAACAUGAAUAUUUUAUGUAAUUUUUUUUCCUGUUAUAAAAAAAAUACACGUGGAUCCGUGAAAAAGACUUGUGCAAGAAAUAUGUAUUUUAUUUGACAUUUGCAGUGAAUUGUGAGAUUCUUAGUGUCUGACUAAAUCAUAAUUAAUGUUCUCAGAGAGGCUGAUGUAAAAUAGCCUUGUGCUUGUUAUUAGUAAGUGGGAAAUGGCUCUCGGAUGUGCUCAGUUGCUUUGCCGCUGUUAUUUCGGAGUUUUCAGUAUGAUUUGUAUCUGUAAACUGAUUAGUGCCAAAGCUUUGGUCAAACGUUUAAUGAAGUUGUUAUAUUUAUUGUUUCUUUCAAAGAUUAUGCAAACACUUUUUUUUCCUUGAUAGUUGCAGUGUAGGAAAAAAGUGAGGACAACCAAAGAACCAUAUCUGCAAACAGUGUAGAUACAUGUAGAUAUUUGUAGAUAUAUGUAGAUAAUCUUAUUUCAUUUAAAUUGAAAAGACAUUGGACAGUGACAUUUAUAAAUGUUUUUCCUCUUCUUUCUUUCAUUUCUUGUUUGAUUACUUGUGUGUAUUUGUCAGUUUGCUCUGAAAUCGAAACCCCCCCUACAAAACAAGGUCACUUAAGCGCGGAGGGAUAUUAAACUGGAGCAGUUUAGUCUGAGCACAUAGUGAUGUCCAGAGGCGAUCGCUCCCCCCGUCCUUGCUCCCUGGUUGCCGGAGCUGCCCAUGGUCGCAGCGACCUGUCAUUACGCAACAGCUUGCUGGGUUGGGGUCCCAGGUUGAAAUGGAGACGGUUCACUUCCGUUCAUAUGUGUAAGCACCUCUUUUCUUUAAAUGUACAUGGAGUGCUGCAAGAAGUGCCGCUGGCUCUCAGCGCAGACUGGCCACACACCUUUUUGAACGUACUUUCCUGCACAAGAGCUGAGAGGACUGCAUGACCCAAGACACCAGGACUAAACUGUGCUCUCACAGAAAGUGGCUCAAGGUCCUUGCCUCGAUUAUAGGAAUUUUAAUUUAUCUCCGUUAGAAGAAGAGAAAAAUCACAGAACUUCAACGUAUGGCUGCGGGCAGUGGGCUCUCGGGAUCACUAGUCUGUCCUCUGUGCUCAAAGAUCCACUUCAGGAGUCUUGUGUCUGAAUGGGAAGCAGAGGCCAUGCAGCUGUGUCACAACUACAGUUUUAGCUAUGGAAGUCGUAUUGCUAACCUUCCUUUUAGGCCAUCAGCAUGCAAGGUGCUUAUGUAUGUUGGUAUUAAGCAUGUCAGCCGUCCAUUUCAUGUCACGUUUUAGUCCUUAAAUCAAGCUUCCUGGGAGCUUUGACUAGCGUUUCCUCUUUGUAUGUCUAUGUCUGUCUCACUGGAUGGGGGUGUUCCAGGUGUGGAAAGCAAGCAGUGUUAUUUUGCUAUCACAACAGAAAAUCCACUUCAAACAAACAAAAACCCCAUAACACUGCACAUUGAGGAGCAGAAGCCUUUUGUAAAUCACAGAAAAAGUUGUAAUGCUUUAAUUUCAUGUUACCUGUCAGCCAGUUAGUCGAGGUGUAUCAUGUACAGACCAUGCCUUAUCUGUAUGUAUUGCAGUUUCAUUUGAAAAAUGACUUUGUGUGAUCUGAUUAUGUGUGUGUUUAAACUUCACGCAGUACAUGCCGUCACCAAGGUCCAUGGCACAUAUUCGGAAAGAAGGCUGCAGCGUUUCCAGACAAUACUUCCACUUACGGUCGCCUCAAGUCACACAUAAUGCUGUGUAUUUAAAAGCUGCUGGUGAAACAGGCCUAAGCACAGAGGUUACAAGCACCCUUUGUCUCUUCCAAACAGGGCUAGAGAAUAAAUUAGCCAUGUGGCUCCAUUUUCCAGAGGUACAGGCUGAAUUUCCUGAUUGCUCCAAAGGUCUGAAAACCACAUCACUUACCUCAGUGGAUAAAUAUCAGAUUAGGCAC